AUGUCGAAGAUCACUGUCGCCGGAGUGCGCACCAACGUGCAGGAGCUCCUCAACUACUCCCAGAAUGAGAAGAAGCGCAACUUCCUCGAGACCGUCGAGCUCCAGAUUGGCCUCAAGAACUACGACCCCCAGCGUGACAAGCGUUUCUCGGGUACCGUCAAGCUCCCCAAGGUCCCCCGCCCCAACAUGGCCAUCUGCAUUCUCGGUGACCAGCACGAUAUCGACCGUGCCAAGCACUUCGGUGUUGAUGCCAUGUCCGCUGAGGACUUGAGAAAGCUCAACAAGAACAAGAAGCUGAUCAAGAAGCUCGCUCGCAAGUACGACGCCUUCAUCGCUUCCGAGGCUCUCAUCAAGCAGAUUCCUCGUCUCUUGGGUCCCGGUCUUUCCAAGGGUAAGCGCAAUCGCAUCUACUAUCAAUAA